AAGAGGUAGAAAUCAAAAAUUGGGUUAAAUUGUGAUUGUCUUCCGAUGCAAGGAUACCCCGAAGUUUAUUCGUCAGUAUAAAUAGAAUUUUUAAGUUCACAAUGUCAAACCCAACAGCUUAUCACGCAUCGCCAGAAAACGUACAAGUAAACAUGGCGAACCAAAUGCAACAGCCUCAGAUGGGAUUACCGCAAGGUGUUGUUGUGCCACAGGGUUUACCCCCGGGAUUAGCGUAUCUCGGUGCUCUAGAUGAAGUUCGAAUCCACCAACAUUUGGACUUAGUGGAAGUUAUGGUUGGCUGGGAAAGAAACAAUAAAUACAGACUCUGUAACAACCAGGAACAGCAGUUUAUGUAUGCCAAAGAAGAUACGGACUGUUGUACAAGGCAGUUCUGUGGGCCUGCCCGGCCAUUUGUCAUGGACAUUAUGGACAACAACAUGCAGCCCCUGAUUCGAUUGGAUCGCCCCUUUAGGUGUCAAGCAUCUUUCAUGUGGUGUUGCUACUUACAGGAAAUGGAUAUUCAGAGCCCCCCAGGAGUGUCCAUAGGAUCUGUGAAACAAAUAUGGACACCAUGGAAACCAAAGUUUGAGAUCCUAGACAGCCAGGGACAACAGAAUUUUAUCAUUGAGGGAGAGUGCUGCUUCUGCUGUCCAUGUAGAGACAUUAUUUUCAAGGUGUUUGAUCCCAAGAUGCAGGAGGUGGGGGAAAUCAUUAAACACUGGGGAGGCUGUCGAGAAAUCCUGGGAGCUGUCAAUGACUUUAAAAUUACUUUCCCUGUGCAGCUUGAUGUCUUCAAAAAGUCAUUGUUGAUGGGUGCAGUUUUUCUCAUCGAUUUCAACUACUUUGAGAGGAAUAGGAACCAAUAACU